AUGUCGAACGAAAUUAAAUUUGGCGAGUAUUCAUUAUUAAAUAGUGAAUUAUUUAAUAAUCCAGAAUGCAAUGAUUCUUCAUGUAAAUUUAUAUAUCCUUGCUCAGAUAAACAAACAUGUUCAGGUUUCAAGAUCCAACUUAAACCAGGACACUAUUUGUUUGAAGUAUAUGGUGCCCAAGGAUCUCAAGAUAAUUCUUAUACAAGUGCAAGUCACAAAGGAGGUUUAGGAGGUUAUGCACGUGCCGAAAUUACGAUUCGAAAGAAAAUUCCUUUGUAUCUAUUUAUUGGUUCUCAAGGAGAUUGGACUGAUGAAGGACCUAGCGGUAAAUCAUUUAAUGGUGGAGGCCCCGGAUAUAAUUCAGGUCCAGGUGGAGGUGCAACCGACUUCAGGAUGUUUGAAAAUGAAAUUCGCAGUCGAUUUCUUAUUGCUGGUGGUGGAGGGGCACAAGGAUUAUAUCACAAAAUUAUUAGCGGCGAUAAUCCUUAUUUUGAUGGUGGUACUGAACGUACUCCUUAUACCCCUAGAACUGAUCCACCUGUUGGUGAUGUGGUUGUUGUGAAUGAGACUAAAUCUCCAGCUGAUGAGCUUGCAAUCCCCCUGUUGCUAUUAAAAAACCUCUGGAAUUAG